AUGAGCUCUUAUUUUGUAAACUCAUUUUGCGGUCGCUAUCCAAAUGGCCCGGACUACCAGUUGCAUAAUUAUGGAGAUCAUAGUUCCGUGAGCGAGCAAUUCAGGGACUCGGCGAGCAUGCACUCCGGCAGGUACGGCUACGGCUACAAUGGCAUGGAUCUCAGCGUCGGCCGCUCGGGCUCAGGCCACUUUGGCUCCGGGGAGCGCGCCCGCAGCUACGCGGCCGGCGCCGGCGCGGCGCCCGCCGAGCCCAGGUACAGCCAGCCGGCCACGUCCACGCACUCGCCUCCGCCCGACCCGCUGCCCUGCUCCGCAGUGGCCCCCUCGCCCGGCAGCGACAGCCACCACGGCGGGAAAAACUCCCUGGGCAACUCGAGCGGCGCCUCGGCCAACGCGGGCAGCACCCACAUCAGCAGCCGAGAGGGGGUUGGCACGGCGUCCGGAGCCGAGGAGGACGCCCCUGCCAGCAGCGAGCAGGCGAGCGCGCAGAGCGAGCCGAGCCCGGCGCCGCCCGCCCAGCCCCAGAUCUACCCGUGGAUGCGCAAGCUGCACAUAAGUCAUGACAACAUAGGCGGCCCCGAAGGCAAGCGGGCCCGGACGGCCUACACGCGCUACCAGACGCUGGAGCUGGAGAAGGAGUUCCACUUCAACCGCUACCUGACGCGCCGGAGGCGGAUUGAGAUAGCACAUGCUCUUUGCCUCUCCGAGAGACAGAUUAAAAUCUGGUUCCAGAACCGGAGAAUGAAGUGGAAAAAAGAUAAUAAGCUCAAAAGCAUGAGUAUGGCGGCGGCGGGAGGGGCCUUCCGCCCCUGAGUGUCUGUGGGCGUUCGUUGGGGGACUGAGCAGUGGUAGCGGAGCCCGCCUAGUUUCAGUCCUAAGGUGACUUUCCGGGAAAAAAAAUAAAAGCCCUCCCUUGUGUUCCUUCCGUGGAGUAGCCCUCUGCUCCCUGCCCGUCAUCCUGAGCCUGUUUAUUGCCAUGUACAGCGCCUGUAUCCGUAGCUUUCUGUUCAUCUCUGUCCUGAAUGGCUUUGUCUUGAAAGAAAAAAAAUAGAUGUUUUAACUUAUUUAUAUGAAGCAAGCUGUGUUACUUGAAGUAACUAUAACCAGAAAAGAGAAAAAAAAACACACAAAAAUGUCCCCCCUCCGACCUCGUGUAGUGCCAAUGUUGUGUGUUGCACUCGAGUUGUUGAACUGUGCAUGUGCGUGCAAAUGUUUCUGUCUCAAUAGCUCCAAGCUGUUUAAAGAUAUUUUUUAUUCAAACUACCUAUAGCCCCUGUGUAACUAAAUGGUGUUGUAGAGGUGACUUGCUGAGACGCCAACUGAACUUGUCCGACGUGUAGUGGCUAGUGACUGUGCAGAAAACUGUGACUUCAGACGGUGUGUCCCUGCGUGCCUUGGUAGGACCCCUUGCACGAAUUCUGGGGAGUGGCUCUUCUAAGCCCAGCUUCAGUGAUGUAUGUCUUUGUGAACAAAAUUACAAAUAUUGUGCAAGUCUGGCUGUUUAAAGCAAACUGUGAUCAGCUUUUUUUUUUUUUUUUGUAUUUGUUUUUAAGGAAAAAAAACAUUACUGACUGGAAGCUACCACCACUACCACCACAAAAACAAAAAUAAACUUUCUAUUGUAAGUUCUCUUGGUCUGAUUUGUACCCAAAUAGCGAGCGACUUUUUCUGUUUCUCUCUUGCCCAGUGCUGGAAGCUAUUGGGUAUGAGGCCACCUGAACGGCCUGUGUGGGUGCAAAAGGGGUCCUCACCCUCACCCUCACAGUUCCCCGUGGGCCGCCUCCCUGCCUCACACCCCACCAGCAGACACGCACCAAGCCAAGCCAGAGCCCACCCAGCCCCUUCUCAGAAGAGACCCAGGGAACUUGCUGAGGGUGGGAGAAGCAAUAUAAAGGAGGCAAAAUGGAGAGCAGCCUUGGGCUUUGUUAGCGGUGCUGGGGCCCAGUCCAGAGCCUGCCUGGCCCCAGGCUUGUGCGAGGCCUAGGUUUGCUUGCUGAAG